AUGGGGAGCUUGCUUAGGUUGCGUUGGGGUAGGUGGGAGGCCAAGCGCCAGAGCUCCCUAGAGGGCCAGCCUCGGGGUGCCGGGGCCUUACCUGAGGGUCAGGGCCGAAGGAGAAGCAGCGGCGACAGCAACAGCAGCAAAAAGCUGGAUGCGGGAAGCCAGUUCUGCCUCCUUGCUGUGGCUCUCACUGAGCUGCUGUACCGUUACUGGGCCCUCCGGCGGGCCAGCCGCUUGCUACACCGCAUCAUUGCUUCCCCUGGCCGGCUUGUGGCUCGCUCGGCCUCCUCCGCUCUCUGCUGCUCAUUACCGGCGGUAGCGCCUAAUGAGGCUGGGGGCGGCGUGACCCUGCGGCCCCGGACAGCCCGGGCCUGCGUCAGCACGGGCCUUUAUAAGGGCUUUGGGGGUGGCGGAGACAGGCUGCGCCUCGUCCAGGACAGAACAAGACCGAUAAUGGAGAACCCCAGGAGCCCCGGGCACCGCCGGAGCAGGCUGCUGCUGCUGCUGCUGCUACUGCUGGCGCCUGGGAACCCCGCCGCCACCGGGGCUGCUGUGCCCCGGCCCGAUCGGCCCAGCCCGUGGCUCCCGUGGGCCCCGCCGCCCGCGUCCCUGACCCUGCGGGAUUGGAGUCUGCAGAUGAUCCGGGAGGCCGGCCCCGCCCACGGUCCCCGCCCUCAGAGCCCAGCCGUGGCCCCGAGCGCCGGACCCCAACGCCGCCUGGUGGUAGCGGACGACGCGGCGUUCCGGGAGCGGGCACGCCUUCUGGCUGCUCUGGAGAGGCGCCGCUGGCUCAACUCCUACAUGCAGAAGCUACUGGUGGUCAGCGACGCCGCCCCCGCCCCCCAAUAAAGGCCCUGUUGCUUCCCUGC